AUGGCCUCCCGAAAGAAACAAAACAAUACAACCCGCAAACGAGACGGGAUCCACUUUGUCAAUGCCAGACCGGCAUCCGAGACGGAACGACUCAAGGCCCAGAAACUAGUCCGCGCUCACGUUGGACGAUGGAUUUCCGAUCAGACCAAAGACCGUUCCGCGGCUAGUGAACAGUCUUCCAUUUCCGCAUCUCGUUCCUCUCGAACUUCCAUCGGCGCCGAACAUGCUGGAUCCUCGUCUUUUGCUCUCGUGUCGUGUCCUCCUCCUCUCAAUGCGCAGCGGACGCUGGCCGUCGUCGGUCUGGGUACUUCGCCCCCGCAGCAGUCGCCACAGCGUGACUGGUCACGAGCUUCUUUUGCGUCCCAGAAGAGUGAUAGUAACGAUAGUACUAAUACCGAUGGUACGAACGAGGUGACCAACUUUGCGGAUCCGGUGACGAUCGUACCGUGGAACGAGGUGACUCGCAUUGAGCCGCAAAUCUCGGGAUUCCUGGAUCCGUUUUUACAGUCUCCAUCCAAUUUUCCGCCGGAGGUAGUGAAUCUUUGCGAAUCAUAUUGUAUAACGGUGUUAUGGCCGGGCCUUACUCCCAAAUCAACAAGCAAUGAGAAAAAGGCCAGCGAGUUAUGGUUCCCGCUUGCCCUAUCGGACCCGGCUCUCUUCACGGCAUUCAUGUUUGGAUCAUUGUGCCAUCAGCGAGUUCAAUGGUUAAAGGGCUGGGUCCCCGAUUCGAACUUUGGCCCCAAACAACAGCGCAUUUUGCAACUGUGCGAGAUGGAAUCGAUCAAGUUGAUCAGUCAGGCUGUGCAGGAUCCUACCCGUGCUGUCAGUGACGCCGUUCUGCUCAGUGUCAUUUGCAUGGCCCAUCAUCAAGCCCUCGAGGAGAGCCCCGAUCAACAUCGGACGACACCGUUUACUCCGCCGUUCCAACGGUUGCAAUGGCUCGACGUGUAUGGUCAUUUACCUCCCAAUAUGAUCCACAUCCAUGGGUUAGUUGAGCUUUUGAAGAUGCGUGGUGGCCUCAAGAAUAUUAAGCUCCACGGCUUGCGUCCGACGAUUUGCUUCUCGGAUAUUAUGACCGCAAGUUGUUUCGCCAUCGCCCCGGGCAUGGAAUUCUGCGCCAUCGUCGAUAGUCGCAGUGAUCUAUCCGUGCAAGAGCUCCUCGGCUUCGGAACUUAUCAUAUCGACCACAGUUUCCGUUGGCUAGAACAACUCGGUCUCACCUACCAAAUAAUCGAAGCCAUGACCGCCGCCGCUACAUACGUCGAAAUCAUGAAAACCUGCAUGAAAGGCAGCCACGACGUCUCAUUACUCUCGGACCAACGCAACCUAACACAGUACACCCUCCUCUCUGUGCCACCCGCGGCAGAAAUCCAAACCCCCUUCUCCCAACCUAUCGACGAAGCCGCCUACGAAUCCUGUCGUCUAGCAAUGCUCAUCUUCGCCGUCGGCGUCGUCUUCCCCAUCCCUGUAAAUAAUACCCCCUUGCCCAAUCUGGCCAAACAACUCCAGGCUGUUCUGCGUCGCCCGGGUGCUGCAGACAUCUACACGUCUACGAAAUAUUGUAUUCUGCUUAUCUGGGUCUUGACGUUGGGCGGUAUUGCAGCCUUUGAUAGUCCUGCUGAACGGGCGUUCUUCGGGUCUGCGCUGAUUGAAGUUACGCGUCGUACUGGGCUCACUUCCUGGACGGAUGUGAAACGUGCCAUGAAUGUGAUGCUUUGGUAUGAUAUUGCCUGUGAUGAGGCGGGUGAAACGUUCUUUGCGGAAGCUCAGAGCUUGCAUGUCAUUGAGUGA